AUGAAAUCAGUCUUUAAGUUUGGCCGAUCGCUGCCAGCACAGGAGGAUUCCAAAAAGGAAGAGAUCGCCGCCGACACCGAAGGAUGCCAAGAAGAUGUUGUCGCUGGAGAUGGGACAAACACUGUUUUUGUUAUAGCGGGCGCUCGUUUGAAGGCAUCUCUUACUCUUUUAUCUCAUGGCAUUCACCCAACGGUUGUUUCAGAUGCCCUCCACAAGGCUUGGAUUAAUGCUGUUGAGAUUUUAACGACUAUGGCGAUUCUUGUGGAGUUAUCGCAUCAUGAUUCACUGGUUAAGUCAGCCUCUACUUCUUUGGAUUCCAAGGUUGUCUCAAUACUCUUAUCUUUUAGCCCCCAUUAG